CUGUGGAUUUAGAUCUCAACCUAGCUCAUGUGGAGAGCAGCCAAAAGAAGAGAAAGGCCAAACGACUUGGAAGUCUUCAAAGAGGCCUGGAUAAAGUGAUUACGGUGCUUACAGCAGGCAAAAAAGGAAGUGAUUCAGCAGACAUGGGCCAAGAAAACUUAAGCACUGAAAGGUUUCUGUCCAAUGCACAGUUCAAGUUGCAGUGAUGCUGAAUUCACAGAAGCAGCGCAGUGCUGUUCCCUGUGCUAGGAAGCAGCAGCCAGCAGGCUGCCAGAAAUCCAACAGUGCCUUGCAGUGCACAGGGGGACGCGAUGGGGACAGACCGUCCUUAGCACCACGCAAAAGGACAGAGCCUGCGCAUCCAUGGGAUGGUGCUGGGCAUGGGGGGAAACGGAAAGCCUCCCCAGAAGCUGAUACAAGCAGCCUUCCACUGAAGCACUGCUCUGUGGAAAGGCACAGGAGAAGCAUGGAAUGUGGCACAGCACCAAAGAGAGCGAGAGGUGCUGAGUCAAAUGGAGAGAGACGCAUGAAUGCAGUACAAGAAGUCUAUUCUGAAAGAGCUCAUCUAAGAACUGAAUCAAAGCUCAUGUACGGGCUGGAGGGCUUCUUAACAGAGCAGGUCCCAGUGAAGGGAGAAGACCAUCCCCUGCAGUGAGCCUCCACUCCCUCUCCAAGACCCUGCCUGAAAGAAAGCGCAAGGACUUGGAAGGAGCAAAACAAGCAACAGAGCAGCUGCCUCCCUACAAAAGAGUGAGGAGUGAGUGCAGCAGGGAGAAGGCUCUGAGGAUGUAUCAGAGUGGGGACAGCGUGCUGCCUCCAGCAGCACAGCCUGGGCCUGCCGCAGCGCAGAGCUCCAGGCGAAGAGCAAGAAGAAAAAGAAGAACAGGACAAAAAAAGAGGAGAGC